CCCCUCCAUUGAAAACUGCCACAGUGCGCGAGCGAGUGCUUGCGUGUGUGUGUGUGUAGGGUGGGAGGCCGAGCCUGCAGGUGAGGUCAGAGCGUGACAGAGGAGGCAGUGUCUGCGCGGCGUGUGCACGCCCUCAGGUGCCGCAGUCACAGUCGGUGUUUGUCAGUCACAGCCUCCAACAGCCUCCAACAUCCUGCGUGCCUGGAAGAAACAGGGAGGUUGUCUUCCUCUUUUUCUUCUCCUUUUGGUUCCUCUUGGUGUGCCUCGGCGAUGUUCAGUUGGGUCAAGCAGGAGCAGGGCGGCCGCAACAAGGAAGGCGAAAUGUACCAGACGGUGACGGAGGGUCUGCAGAGCCUCUACAGCAAGAAACUGCUCCCCCUGGAAGAGACCUACCUCUUCCAUGACUUCCACUCUCCUGCCUUGGAGCCCGCAGACUUCCAGAGCAAGCCCAUGGUGCUUCUCGUGGGACAGUACUCCACCGGGAAGACCACCUUCAUCAGGUACCUGCUGGAGCAGGAGUUUCCGGGGAUGCGGAUCGGACCGGAGCCGACCACGGACGGCUUCAUCGCUGUGAUGUACGGCGACACGGAGGGCAUCGUCCCCGGCAACGCCCUGGUGGUCGACCCCAAGAAACCCUUCAGAAAGCUCAACGCCUUCGGCAACUCCUUCCUCAACAGGUUCAUCUGCUCUCAGAUGCCCAAUCAGGUUCUUCAGAGCAUCAGCAUCAUUGACACACCUGGUAUCCUGUCAGGAGAGAAGCAGCGCAUCAGCAGAGGUUACGACUUUGCCGAGGUCCUGCGCUGGUUCGGUGAGCGGGUGGACCGCAUCAUCCUGUUGUUUGAUGCCCACAAACUGGAUAUUUCUGACGAGUUCUCAGAGGCCAUCAAAGCCUUCAAAGGCCAAGACGACAAGAUCCGAGUGGUCCUAAACAAGGCUGACCAGGUGGACACGCAGCAGCUGAUGAGGGUGUACGGCGCUCUCAUGUGGUCACUGGGGAAGGUGAUCAACACUCCUGAAGUUGUGAGGGUAUACCUGGGAUCUUUCUGGGCCAAACCGCUGCAGAACACGGAGAACAGGCGUCUGUUUGAGGCGGAGUCUCAGGAUCUUUUCCGAGACAUCCAGAGUCUUCCGAGGAACGCGGCGCUCCGCAAACUCAAUGACCUCAUCAAGAGGGCGCGGCUGGCCAAGGUACACGCUUACAUCAUCAGCUACCUGAAGAAGGAGAUGCCGUCACUGUUCGGACGCGAAAAGAAGAAGGAAGAGCUGAUCAUGAGGCUGCCAGAGAUCUACAGCAUCCUGCAGAGGGAGCACCACAUCAGCCCAGGAGACUUCCCAAACGUCUCCAAGAUGCAGGACAUGCUGCAGCACUACGACUUCAGCAAGUUCCCGUCUCUGAAGAUGAAGCUGGUGGAGUCGGUGGACAAGAUGCUGGCCAACAAGAUUUCCGGGUUGAUGUCCAUGAUCCGAGACGAGGAGUCCAAGCAGCCACCUGCCAUGGUCUCCGGAGGUGCCUUCGAGGGCUCCCAAGACGGGCCGUUUGGUCAGGGCUAUGGCGAGGGCAUCAGCGCCGGGGCCGACGCCGACGACUGGAUCGUGAACCGAGACAAGCACCGCUAUGACGAGAUCUUCUACACUCUGAUGCCUGUAAACGGCAAGAUCAGUGGCGUCAACGCCAAGAAGGAAAUGAUGAACUCGCGGCUGCCCAACACGGUGCUGGGAAAGAUCUGGAAGCUGGCCGACUGCGAUCACGACGGCAUGCUGGACGACGAGGAGUUCGCGCUGGCUCAGCACCUCAUCAAGGUCAAACUUGAAGGUUACGAGCUUCCUGCAGAGCUCCCCCUCCACCUGGUGCCCCCCGCCCACCGCAAAGACCCCACGGCGGACGCCAUGUAUAACCACAGCGAGGACUAGGACUUCUGCUCAGGUCAAAGUUUGCUGACACAUUGUGUCCUUUUAUUUGGCUACAAUGCAAUGUCCUGUGCCUUCAUGCUUUUAUUGGGAAAGAGCCCAGCAUACAACUUCCUGUUUGAAGUGCCUUAUUUUGAAACUCCAAGGCAACUCACAACACUAGGAGCAGAAGUCGGCGGUAAUCUGCCGUGACCUUUGACCUCCUUCAGGAAAAAGUGACAGAAUGGCGAGGUCAAAGGUCAACCUAAUUCCUCUUCCUGUCUAUCAUUUCAAAAAUAAAGUCCGUUUAUUACAGUU